AUGGCACGAGCAAAAAGAUCAUUAACCAUCACCAGUAUCAAACUAGAAGAGCAUGUCUUAGGAUUUGAGGAGACGAAGAGGCAACUUCUUAACUAUGCAAGAACUUUUUGUCUAAAUUUGAUGGUAGAAGAGAUGGAAUUGUCACAAAUGGUGAAAGGAACCGAGGGCAGAAAUUCUGGAAAUAAAUUUCUGGCCUUUAACUGUAUGGUUGGCCUUCCACAUAUGGGAAGGACAAGAAGAACAACUCAAGUUUUAGAGUUUAUAAAUAUAGCCAAAGGAAUUUUAGUGAAAAACAAAGGCAUCAUAACCUUUGGAGAUGGAGAAGAAAGUGAAAGAAUGGGGAAUUCCCCAGACUACGCUUCAUUCUUUAACAAACAUUUGGCACACUACAAAGCGUUGUACGAAUCAAUGAAAUGGGGUUUUCCUAGUUAUCUCAAUGAAGCAAGGAUAGCUAUGGAGACUCUUUUUCUUGCGCCUUACGUAUCAUCUUUCUCUUGGUUCCAAAAAUGGAAGGAACAAGGAGAAGACAUGGUUUUCCAAGAGGGUUUCGGUUUAAAAGGUGAACGGAUGAGCAUGGAAAGCCGGAAUGAAGCUAGAGAAAUGGUAAGGGAAGCAGAAACUCCAUACAAGAUUAGAGUUGAAGGCGAUGAUCAUAAUGAAAUGGUGUUGGAAUGGAGAGAAAUUCCAUUAGUUAGAGUUUCGGCUUGGAGACAAAUCAAAUAA